AUGGUGCCAGGGCUGGACGACUUGUGUGUCCGUUUCAUUGUCAACUUGCCACAGUCAGAGCUCAGCGGCUUCGACCGAAUCGGAACCCACGUUGAGGAAGCGCACUGGUUUUAUGAAGACUUCAUACGGCCGCUGGACCCGACGCUCCCGCAGAUGAACCUGCGCACCUUCUCCCUCCGAAUCUUCCAGCACUGUCCCCUGACCAGCCAACUUGGCCCCGAGCUCCAUGAGAAGGCCUACUCGCAUUGGAUAGGAUACAAGAAGCGAAUACCGGUACGAGGUGCAAUCUUGCUGAAUGAGGCAAUGGACUCCGUCGUCCUUGUCAAGGGCUGGAGCAAGGGCUCGUCGUGGAUGUUUCCCAGGGGCAAGAUCAACCAGGGCGAGGAUGAUUUGGACUGCGCUAUCCGGGAAGUCUAUGAGGAGACUGGGUUCCACGCCGCGGAGGCCGGACUGAUACCUGAAGAUCGAACCCUUCUUCCAUCCUUCGAUGUGGUGAUGAGGGACCAACAUGUGAAGUUGUUCGUUAUCCCUCACGUUCCCAUGAACGUACAUUUCGAGGCAAGAACGCGAAAGGAAAUCUCCAAGAUCGAGUGGUACCGACUGGCCGACCUACCGACCGGCCGGACUCCGAAGAAACAAGGCCAAGACAACAGUGCAGCUACCCCAAACGCCAACAAGUUCUUCAUGAUCUCGUCCUUCCUUGGGCCUCUAAAUAAGUGGAUCAGG